UCUCUCUUUCUCUUUCUCUUUCUCUUUCUCUCUCUCUUUCUCUGUGGUAUUGUAUGUGCAGUUAAAAGGGCAAGGCGAAGGCGAGGAAGGAGGGGGCUCAUCGAAAGAAACAUUCAUCAUCAUCAUCAUCAUCAUCAUCAUCAUCAUCAUCAUCUAGGUUUAUACGUAUAGCCUACACCAGCGACUGUUGACUGUGACUGUGAGAUUGUGAGGCUGUCCUCUCCCUCCCCAAUAUCCAAUAAUAUCUUUUCUGGCCUCAACUCCAAGUUCACCCAUGGGCGUGAUCGUGAAUAAUAAGCUCCUUCAUCAUAAUCUGUUCAAUGCCUCUCGCCCCGUUCUGGCCAUGUUGCUCGUCCAACUAUUUGCCACCGGAAUGCAACUUCUCAGCAAACUUAUCCUCAAUCAAGGCACCUUCAUCUUUGCACUCAUGGCCUACCGUCAUGUCGUCGCCGCUCUCUGCGUUGCACCCUUUGCUUUCUUCUUCGACAGAAGAUCGCACGCAAACAAGUUCAGUUGGCAGGUUUUGUUUUGGCUCUUCCUCAGUGCCUUCACCGGGAUAACAGCGGCAAUGGGAAUGUACUACUAUGGUCUUCGAGACACGACGGCUACUUAUGCUACCAACUUCCUGAACUUGAUUCCCGUAGUCACAUUUGUCAUCUCCUCCGUCCUUGGGAUGGAAAAGGUGAGUGUAAGGAGAAGAGCAGGGAAAGUAAAGAUAGUGGGUGCAAUUUUGUGUGUUGGGGGAGCAUUAAUUACGGUCUUUUACAAAGGAAAAGGAUUCCACAUUGGUCAUCAUGCUAUUGCUGGCCACCGCGAUGUCGCUGCUCCUGCUGUUAUAUUUAAUGAGAUCGAGGCUGACGCUGAGGCUCACUGGGGACGAGGCACCCUCCUGCUUCUUGGCAGCUGCUUCUGCUAUGCGGCUUGGUUUGUCGUUCAAGUGAAGUUGCUCAAACUGUUUCCAUCAAAGUACUUGGCUACCAUGCUGACAUGUGUCAUAGCAUGCAUUCAGUCAACAGCGCUUGGAUUGUGCUUGGACAGGAACAAGGCCGCUUGGACCUUGGGUUGGGAUCUCCAACUUCUCACCAUUUUGUACUCGGGUGCACUGGCCACAGCAGCAACUUUUUGCUUAAUGACAUGGGCAAUUUCAAUCCAAGGACCCACUUUCCCACCCAUGUUCAACCCGGUGACUCUAAUUUUGGUGGCAAUCUCAGAAGGCAUCAUACUUGGGGAGGAGAUUAGAGUGGGCAACAUAGUGGGGACGGCUGUGAUGGUAGCGGGGCUCUACUGUUUUCUGUGGGGUAAGACAAAGGAGAUGAAGAAAUCGUCGCAUCUCCCAAGAGCAGCAGCAGGUGCAGUGGAAGCGGCAACGGCAACUUCAGAACCUGCGCCGCUGCAGUCAGCAGCUGUAGUGCCCAGCGGUUCCCCCACUACAAAUACUGUUUCUGUUGAUGUAUUAGAAGAGGCUGGUAGUGGCUGCAGCACAAGAAACCCUUGAAACCUACCUCUGCCCUUUCAUUUUCUGUUGAUUGCAACUCAAACAUCCAAUCCAACCAAAACCUCCGUUCGUCAGUUCCAUAUACCCAUUUCAAUCUAAUCCCAAUCCGUACGCAUAAUUGAAGCAUUACCCACCAUCCAACUCUAUCGGUUAGUUUAGUUAAUUACGUUGCCAAAUUGAAUAAAUGUGUUUUGAAUUACGAGUUUUAGGUUGUGUGCGGCUUCUGAAGAGGAGAUAUCAAUUGCAAUUUGCAAACCAAACAAACUUCGGUUA